AUGCCAGCUGCAGCGGCGCAGGCGGCGUGGGCAGCGCGGGCGGUGAGAUCUGGGCAGGAAGGGGCUCCCCUAAGGCGGCUGUCCGCACGUGGCCGCGCCGUCGGUCCUGCGGGGUCACGGAGGGCCCUGCUCACUUCAGCGUCUGGCCCGACCCCGGGUUACAUGGGACCUGUCGUUAAAACCCUGCUCUUCCCCGGGCCUCGGCGUCCACCCAGCGACCAGGAACCCACGCUCCAGGACCUGGCAGCUGGCAGACCCAGUCUCGAGAGACUUCCGGUCACCUCCUCGGGUCUCGCGAGAGCGUGCACCUGCCACUUCUGGCGGCUGCGCUGCCUGGCAACCGGGAUGGCGGUGCGCCUGGCAGCCGCGCCGCCGCCCGGCCCCGCCGUUGCCUUCCGGCUGCUGGACUUCCCACCACUUCUGGUUCAUGCGCCCACCAGGCCCACCGUGCUGCCCGGCGGCGCCCUGGGCUUCGGGCUCGGCAACGCCUGCGUGUUCUGCCUGCGUCCAGCCGCCCUGAGCCGCCUGCGGCUGCGCGCCGCGCUGCUGCAGCUGCUCGGCCGCGUCCAAGCCGCCCGCGCCGCGCCUGCUGGGCGCCUGCGACGUCCGGCUACCAGCUGCCCGCGGCCCCGCACCCGGGGCACCUUCGCCCUACUGGACCCGACGGGCCGGCGCAUUGGUGACCUGGCGCUGUUCUGCCGCCUGUCGGAGCUAGACGGACGCGCCCGUGACCCCGCCGGCUCGCCCUGCCCCCUCGGCGCCCCGGACCGCGGCCCCCGGGACCCCGCGGACCGGAACCCGGACCUCGGCCCCCAGGACGCGGCCCCGGCCGCCCUGGACCCCGCCGUGCAAACCUGGCCCUGCGGAGGCUGCAGUGUCAGCACCAUCAGCACCUGCAGCGAGGAAGACGCCGGGCUGGACCUGGAAACCAACACCUUUUGCCCUCCUCCUCUGUAUUACACUCACUUUACCCAAGAAAGGACGCUUCCUGCAAGCGUCAAAAUCACCAUUGAGCCCUAAAGGAACGGACCUGAGAAGCUGGGUGGCCUUGCGGGAACACAUCUGAGCCCUCCAAAAGGUACAGAUUCUGCAACACAGGAGACUCCUGCGGUGCUUUUGAGUUCACCAGGGAGUCAGGAUGUAGGAGCCCUUAACGAAUCUACAUGUCGCCCUCAAACUGAGCAAAAUACAGUCAAUACAAUAAGGCAGCUUCCUUUGCUGAAUGCUUUGUUAAUUGAGCUGUCCUUGUUAUACAGCCAACGCAUGGCGAGUCCAACUCAUGUGCAUCCCCACUUAGCCUGGAUGUAUAGAACCGAGGAUAAGAAGGUACCAGAAUCUUGUGCCAAAUCCAUAUGUCAGUCUGAAUCUAAGAAGGAUAAGUUUUCAGUGGGGAACCAUGAAAAGUUAGUGAGCCUUCAGUGUAGAAAGAACCAAGUUGAAAACCUUAAGAAAGGUAAAUAUUUUGAGAACAGUGGCAACUGUCAAAAAAGGGUGACUAGGGGGCGUCUACUUUAUGGCCUAACAAAUACACUCAGACUCCUUUUAAAGCAGACAAAUCCUGACAUAUUAGUAGUACAUGAAGAGAGAAUAGUACAGAAAAAUGCAAGCACAGACGUUUGGUAUAAGUACAAAAUUCAGAAUCCCAUCCUCUAAAGUAUUCAGCUUUGCAGAACAAAGAAGCCACAUCAGCUGCCUAGAGAUAAGUAUUUAGUUUCAGGUGCAUCUUCUUCUGAAAAUAGUGAUACCUCAAGGCAAAUUAGUGAAAUCUUUGAUGAGCCCAGCACAACUAAAGAAAAAAGACAAAAGAAAAAAGAUUGUGGUGAAAACAGAACCAGCAGUGGUUCAUUGGGAAGAAUUAUGAGUCCUGCAAAUCCCAUUAUUCCAAGAAGAUUGACUCCUACAAAUAUUUUGUAAGGAAAACUGGAAACCAGAGU